UCCCGUCCCCACCGGUGAUCGCUAUGCAUUAGAACACGACACCUCCUUCUCAAGGUCUUCAAGCCAUCACCUGUCAGCCCACCGCGCGCAUCCUCCUCACACACACAGCGCCCCGGCCGCUACCCAUGGCGCCAGACCCCGAGCCGCUCCUCCCCCGCGCCGGCCACCGCCCCGCCACCGGCGGCUGGAGGUCGGCUCUGUUCAUCAUCUGGGUGGAGGUGGCGGAGCGGUUCGCGUACUACGGCAUCUCCUCCAACCUCAUCAGCUACCUCACCGGCCCGCUCGGCGAGAGCACGGCCGCCGCCGCCGCGGCCGUCAACGCGUGGUCGGGCGCCGCGUCGAUGCUGCCGCUGCUCGGCGCCGCCGUCGCCGACUCGUGGCUCGGGCGGUACCGCACCAUCGUCGCCUCCUCCGUGCUCUACAUCACGGUCAGCUAACCCUGCACAACACCUCUGAUUCGUUCGUCGAUGUCGAACACAGCUUUUUCCUCCUGUUCAGUCGUCCAACUUUUCUGUGGUUCUUCUGAAUUGGGUCCAG